CAACACCUUCAAAGACGCGUCAGAAAGAGCUGCAAACGACACUGACGGAGCUGCAGAGACGGGUGUUGGCACCGUGGGCAGUCUUGAAGAGGAGUACUCAGUAGAUACAGAAAGGUCAACUCCACCCAGCCUCAGCGAAUACUAGCAUGGCUACAGCGAGCACCUCAGGGCAGAGCACCUUCGGGCUCGGGAGGAAAAAGAAGAACCCCGGUCUCAUGGAUCAGAUUAGCAAGUUCUUUGGAGGAGACAAAAAGAAAAGGAGCAAGGGGUCGUUCAGGGGUCAUUCUGCCUCCUCGCCCCUGCAGUCCUCCACUCGCCGCAAGACCAACGAGAAUGCUGUGGUGCAUUUCUUCAGGAGCUUUGUUUCCUCCCCUCGUCCUAAAUCCAGGUGGAGAGACGUCUUGGGCUUGGCCUCGUCACCGCGUGCUGAGAGCACAAAGUCGCCGGUCAGAAGACGCAGAGACCAAAGCACACUGUCCAGACUCUUCAACCUGUGAUGCUCUCGUCAGAGAUCAGGAGACACCAAGUCCCGUCCACCCCCUAAACGCUGGAGCACCAUCUUCUAAGCUCUCCGCCGAGGACCAAGCCGCAGAUCCAACGCCAACGGGAUGUGACAAAGAAGAAGAAGAAGAAGAAGAAGAAGGAGGAACAGAUCUGCAAGCGGCGGACUCACAACCUCAAGAAAUGUUAACACACUAACAGCGGCCUCCUGUAUGUUUAGACAAGUGACACCGCGUCAUGAAAUCCACCAUUUGUAGGUGUUCACUGUCUCUUUAAUCCUGCUCCUCAGCGUAUCUCGUCUCAGUCAUUAUGUAGCUGUAAAAAACACAAAAUCACCCAUUCAAGUAUCUUUGGUCUGAUGGUGCUACUGUCUGCUGUCUGAGGUCCGUGCGUGGCAGAUGUUUUAUAUUUCGUCUCCCGUCAUCUGCAUUUUUGUACACGAGUGGCGCUUUGUGUAUCUCGCAGACUCUCACACCAAACAAGCCUUUUUUUUUGUUUGUUUUGUUUUGUUUUUCGUACGUGAAGUCUAGACGGAGUGUUUGUGUGGUCGCUGUGCUCGAGUGAAAUGUAUGUCGCAAAAAAAUAAAAUAAAGGAAAUGUAUCUGAAAAAACACAACUGGGAACCUUCAGUGUUUGAACUGCGUGGACUCUAAUGUUGGUUUUCUAUGUAACACUUUUGUUUCAUUACGCUUCAGUGGAAUUAAUAAAAAAACAAAAACAUGUACAGUAUGACGUCAUCCAAAGCGCCCUUUUCAAAUGCACUGUUUAAACUAAAUAAUACAAACAAAACAAAACCGACUGGUCUGCUCUCUUUUCUUUUACCUGUCCGCAUCUUAAAUUAAGUUUGAAGUUUUGAUGUUAUUCGUGUUGCAUGUAGAAGAUGAUAAAUGUUAGUUGUAUCUGAUGGUCAGACAGUAAGUGGUUCUUGGUGGAGGCACUCGGAUGGUCGAGAAGGAGGAGGAGGAGUUUUGGGACAGCAUGUUGAUUUCAAAAAGUUCUGACGUGUAUUUUACAUUUUGUUCGCGAUAAAUUACAUCCCGAUGCUCUGUCUGUAUGUUCACUCUCACUAAAUUCUCAAAAGAACUGUAAAGGUGUUGUUUUUUUGUUUGUUUUUUAUUCUGAGGUUGCUGACGUGUGGUGGUGCUACAGGACUAGGAACUGAUACUUCGAAAAACUGAGUGUUUUGUUUCCUCUUAAUGUAAAAACUCUAACUGGAAAUAAACACGUCUUCUUCUGACAAACCUG